CCCUAUUAAUGACGGACCUCACUGUGUACAUGGUUGCUAGCCAGGUCGUCCUCUAGUGGUUUGGAAACCAGUAACUGGCGUUAACUAGUUUCUUACUAAGUAGCAGUGAGUAGUAAAUCGUUUUUAGUAGUAAAACGGUUGGUCUGCAGGUGAACGAUGACCUCUAGAGGGACGCCGAGUCGCUUCUUGAGAAGUGUUCUUCAGAACGGCGUUGGUCGGUACGUUUGUCAGCUGAAACGAGUCUCCAUCGUGUUCUCCAAGAAAGGACAGAGCUCUCUGGGAAUGAGGGAUUUCAUUGAAGAGGGGGUGGUGGAUUUUGCCAAAAACAACCCGGGUAUUGUUGUUUAUGUGUCUCCUCAGCCCUGCAACGUCCCCAAAAUAGUUGCAGAAUACUUGAGUGGCAACACGAAGACGGAGCCUGUCGCUAACAAAACAUCUCAGCAGAUUUUAGAGGUUCUAACUAAGCUGACCAAUCAGUCGGGCUUGGACAUUGUCCGUCUUCGGAAGCCCUUCCACACAGACAGUCCGAGCAUCCAGGGCCAGUGGCACCCAUUCACAAACCGCCCCCCGUCCAUCGGGCCCAUCAGACCACAGAGUGCAGAAUAAGGACUCUCUGGAAUUAAAGAUCUAAAUAUUUAGAUGGUUUCAACAAUGUUUCGGUUUAUAUUGUGACUAACAUCUACUAUUUUGAUCAUGUACAACUUUUUGUUUGUUUGCAUCAGUUGCAGAAGCAUGAAUACAUCUUUUAAAUUCUCCAGUGACUCAUCAGUUGGUAACUUUAUGAUUUCAAGGUUAUUUUAAGUUUUUAUUAAAUUAAAUAAACAAAUAAAAUUCA